AUGGCGGUGCUGGGGGAGUCUCUGGACACAUUCCUGGGGGAUCUGAGGCGGCAAGAGCAGCUUGGGAAUGGAGCCCCAGGCAGGAAGCAGCUCCCAAACUCCUCCGUGCAGCCAGUGGCCAUCCAAGUGUGGGGCCAGGCCACGCCACAGCCCCACUCUUUAGAGCUGCUGCAAGUGUCAGGAGCUGUUGGCAGUGGCAACAGCCGGUUCCCACACAUCGCGACAGUGGCUUCGGGCACGCUGUCACAGUCGGUUCCAUCGCAUUGUGACAGUCGGCUCCAGGACAUUGUCACACCUCCGACACCCCGUGACGGCGCCGGCACUCGCAGCGCGAUGGCAGCCGCGACUGCCGGCACAGGAUCCCGGACCCUCCGUGCCGGGGGCCCCACCCGGGGAUCCCUCCUCGCCCGCCGUCCCCGGCUUUCCCCGCCGGGAUUCCAGUCCGUCCGUCCCAAGGUCUUCCCCCGGGACUUCCCAGCCAGGAUCCCGGGCACCGACUCCAGCAGCCCCAUCGUGAUCCUUCGGGAUGUGUCAAAACAUCCUGGAGCUCUGCCCUCCAUCAGUUACAAACCGAAAACCACCAGAAUCAUCACCGGGGACCUGAUCCGGAACCUCGUCAUUCCCCAGGAAAAGCCCCAACCGUGUCUCAUCAUUGGGAAAAAGGAAUAUGAGAAGAUCAAGGAAUCAGCUCGAUCCCCAACAGAGGAGGAGCGUUGGGACAGGCUGAAGACCCUGAAAGCCAGACAGGACGCUGCUUUCGAAGCCCUGGAAAAGGCCCAGAGCGAGGAGCUGAGAAAGGCAGAACUGCAGAAUGAGAGGGAGCGUCAGAAAGAUGUGGAGGAGUGGCUGCAGCAGGAGGAGCAGAAGCGGCUGCAGUGGGCGACGAGGAUGAGGCUGGAGCAGGAGGAAGAGAUGCGGGAACUGACCUCGCUCUUCCUCAAUUCCAAGUGCAACAUGAUCAGGGACAAGCAAAUCCUGGAGAAGCGGAUGAUCCGCAAGGAACUGGCGGAGGAGGAGAAGCGCCUGGACAAGAUGAUGGAAAUGGAGUGGGAGAAGGGUGUGGCGGUCCAGGAGGAGCUGGAGCGCCAGAGGAAACAGGAGAUGAUGAGAGCCAGGCAGGACCUUGUGAAGCAGAUGGAGCAGAACGCAGAGAAGCGGGCGCUGAGAGAUGAGGAGAAAUACCAGGAGAGCCUGAGGCAGCUGGAGCGCCUAAAGGAGAUGAAGAGGGAGGAUCGGAAGGCUUGGGAGCAGAAACAGGAGCAACUAAAGCAAAUCCAUGCUGAUAUUAAACGUUCCAACGUGGAGAGCCAGCGGCUGAAGGAUGAGCAGCGGGAGCGGGAGAGGCUGGAGGAUGAGCGGGUGCUGGAGCAGCAGCGGCAGAAGGCUGAGCGCGAGGCCGCCUUGGAGGCGGAGCAGGAACAACUGCGCCUGGAGAAGGAGAAGGAGCUGGCCCGGCUCAGGGCCGCGCAGGAGCGGGCCCGGGACUGGCAGGCAGAGCGGGAUGCUCUGAUGGCCAAGAGGAACCAAGAAGCCGCAGACCGGGAAUGGCGGCGGCAGGAGCUGGAGAAUGCGCGGAAGAAGGUGGAGCUGGAGCAGCAGCUGAGGCGGGACCGGCUGGAGCAGGUGGCCCAGAAGGAGCAGUACCUGGCCAUGCAGGUGGAGCAGGACCGCCAGGAGUUCCAGAGGGUGCUCAGGGCCCAUCAGGAGCAGCUGGAGCGGGAGAAGCUGCAGCGGGAACAGAGGGAGCUCCAGCAGCGCGCCCAUGCCGAAGAUCUGCGGCGGCAGAUCCAGGAGCUCCGGCAGCAGCGGGAGCGGGAGCGGGCGGCCUUCAUUGAGGAGGGCCGGCAGCAGGAGCAGGAGGUCCGGCAGCGCAACCGGCGCCUCGCCCAGCUCGGGCAGCAGAAGCUGCAGGAGUUCAGAGCCACUGGAAUGCCCGACAAGUACUGUGCCCAGGUGGAGCGCAAAGCCCAGAGACGAGCCAACGCAGCCCUCUCCUAGGCCCAGCCCCACAAGGAACCAGCUCCAAUUCUCCACAGAUUUGGGGUUCCAUUUGCAUUGACUAAAUUAUCCAAUGAACAAUGUUUUUGAGCAGGUGGUGUUUUCCAUCCUUCCCUGACCUCAGGGCCAUUGGGGAGCAGCUGCCCACGGGGCUGGAGGAGCCCUGAGGCUCCUUGUUGUGCCAAUGCCGCCGUUACCACCCGGGGAAGUUCUGAGCUCACAUAGGACACCCCCACCCACUGCGAGUGAGUCACUGCAGCCUCUGCCCCACUAGAGCCACCAGCACCCUUUGCCAGCCGUGGUCAUAACUACAGCAAAGCAGAACAAAUAGCACUG